UGAAGGCGUCCUGCGAUAAUAAUAAUAAUUUGAUAAUUAAUGAUAAUGAAGUCUUAAUAUUACAGUAGUCAUAUAAUUUUAUAGUGACAUAGUGCACAAAUUGCAAGUGAUUACGGUACAAUAUCUGUUGUUCCACAAAACAUUUUACAACAUGCUUAAAUCGUGCUGGUGAGUAGUGACUACCGAGUACCGACCUCCGAGAUAAGUAUUGAGUGUUAGAAUACUACGAUUUGGUUUUUUACUUUUUUCUUAAACCAUAAUACUUAUAAUAUUCAUGUCAAAUCUUACUACCUAGUUCGGUAUAAACCAUUUUCAAAUUGACUUAAACAACAAUAAAGUUUUUUGUUUUAAAACAAUGUCAAUGUGUGUUCUGUUAACUUAAAAUUACAUAAUUAAUAGUAAACCUGUCAUACACGUUUAUAUAUAAAAUGAGUAGUUUCCUACACGUAAUACUUUUUUUGGUAUGUAUUAUUGGUUCAACCGUAUAUUCGGUUGACCGUGGUAAUUUUAAGACAUGCGAACAAAGUAACUUUUGUAAGCGUUGUCGCUCCAUGAACAAAAACCAAAAAACCGCGUUUGAACUAGUACCAGACAGUGUUAUAUUGACGGAUAAAUACUUCGAAGCAUUGAUAUCAAAUACAAACUAUGAUGAUGUUUCAUUACGAAUGCGGCUGGAUGGUCUCAAGGAUAGUACACUUCGUCUUCGUAUCAACAAAGAUGGAAAUCAAAUGUAUAACAGGUUUCAACCAGUGCAUGCUCUCGUAUCUGAACCAAUUACAGAGUCAAUGAUUAUGGCUCGAAAUGCAUCAACAGUUGAAUUAGAAUUGAGUAAAAUUAUUAAGGUGUAUAUCACAAUAGCCCCAUUUAAAUUGGAUGUUUAUGUUAACGAAGAGUUGACCAUAGGGGUGAACCAUGAUAAUCUAAUGCAAUUUGAACACUAUAGGCCUAAACCAGAAUCUAUUGCAGACAAUGAAAUAGGGUCUUGGGAAGAAUAUUUUAAGGAACAUCAGGAUUCUAAACCACGUGGACCUUCUGCAGUUUCAAUGGACUUCAAAUUAUAUUCGUCUACUUCUCUAUACGGACUGCCAGAACAUGCGGACAGUUUAGCUCUCAAAGGUACCACUGGGAAUGAUCCGUAUCGAUUUUAUAAUUUGGAUGUUUUUGAAUAUGAAUUGUACAACGGAAUGGGAUUAUACGGAGCCGUUCCAUUUUUAAUAGGACAUGGAAAAAAAAACAGUGUUGGGGUGUUUUGGUUGAAUGCUGCUGAAACAUGGGUAGAUAUUGCAGGUGUAAAAGGAAACACAGAGCACACAUCAGUUGUGGAGUCAUUAGUUAAUUUAGUUUCAGGAUCGUCUACUGAAAAAGACAUUCCCAGAGCUCAUUUUAUUUCUGAAUGUGGUAUCAUUGAUUUUUUCAUUAUGUUGGGUCCUAAACCUCUAGAUGUAACCAGACAAUAUUCUUCACUAACAGGAACUACUCCAUUACCUCCACUAUUUUCUUUGGCUUACCAUCAGUGUCGAUGGAAUUACAAUGACCAAAAAGAUGUCCACGAUGUAGAAACAAAUUUUGAUGUCAACGACAUACCUAUGGAUGUCAUGUGGUUAGAUAUUGAGUAUACGGAUAGUAAAAAAUAUUUUACCUGGGAUCCAGUUAAAUUCUCUGAACCUUUAGAAAUGGUUAAUAAUUUAACUAGCAGAGGAAGAAAGUUGGUGACUAUUAUUGAUCCACACAUCAAACGCGAUUCCAACUACUUUCUUCACAACGAUGCAAUCAAUAAUGAUUUAUAUGUGAAGAAUAAAGAUGGUGACGUGUACGAAGGUUGGUGUUGGCCAGGAUCUUCUAGUUAUUUGGAUUUCAUGAACCCUAAAGUACAAGAUUAUUAUGCUUCUCGUUAUUCUAUUGAUAAUUUUGUCGGUCCUACAGAGGACAUUUUUAUAUGGAAUGAUAUGAAUGAACCUUCUGUUUUCAAUGGACCAGAAGUAACAAUGCCAAAGGAUUGUAUUCAUCAUGGUGGUUAUGAACACAGAGAUAUACAUAACAUUUAUGGACUGUUGCAAGUCAUGAGCACAUAUGAUGGUCUACUGAAACGAUCAAAUGGCAAAAAACGGCCAUUUAUUUUGACCCGAUCUCAUUUUGCUGGUACACAACGUUUUGCUGCUGUGUGGACUGGUGAUAAUAUGGCUGACUGGAGUCAUUUAAAAAUAUCUUUACCAAUGUGUCUCUCAUUGGCGAUUUCGGGUAUAUCAUUUUGUGGUGCAGAUGUGGGCGGAUUCUUCAAUAACCCUGAUAAAGAAUUACUUAUCCGAUGGUACCAAACUGGUGCCUUUUUGCCUUUUUUCAGAAGUCAUGCUCACAUAGAUACAAAACGUCGAGAACCGUGGUUAUUUGAUGAACAAACUACAUUUUUGAUCCGUGAUGCCAUCAGAACAAGAUAUACAUUGUUACCGCUGUGGUACUCAUUGUUUAAAAACCAUGAAUUAACCGGAGCACCUGUUAUACGUCCAUUAUUUUUUGAGUUUCCUCAUGAAGAACAACUGAACAACAUCGACAAUGAAUUUAUGGUUGGUGAUAUCUUGUUAGUGUGUCCUGUAUUAGAUCAAAAUGUACAAGAGUUGACUUGUUAUUUCCCUGGUCACGAGGAAAUUUGGUAUGAUCGAGAUACUUACCAACCAAUCAAAACUAACGGGCUGAUGAAAAUACAAGCGCCAAUCAACAAGGUGCCUGUAUAUCAACGCGGUGGUACAAUAGUUCCUACUAAGCAACGUGUUCGCCGAUCAUCUGUCUUAAUGAAGGACGACCCGUACACUUUAAUUGUAGCAAUUGACCUGAAAGCUAUAGCUAAGGGAUCAUUGUAUAUUGAUGAUGAGGAAAGUUUUGAAUACCGGGAUGGGCACUUUAUCUACGUUGAAUAUGAAUACAUCAACAACCAAUUGAUCUCAAAAUGUUUACACUGUAAAGAUUUCAGUACUAAAUCAUGGGUGGAAAAAGUCAUGAUUGUUGGUAUUCCCAAUGUAUUUACCAAAGCCAGUAUACAGGUCAAUGGUGGUAGUUUGUCUGAAUUAUCCGUUUUAUACAAUACUCAUAAUCAAGUAUUAACAGUGCGGAAACCUGCUGUCGGAAUAGCUCAAAAUUGGACGAUUACUCUACUUUAAUAAUACGUUUAAGCAUGUGAUGGAAUAUUGUAAUUAAAAAAAAUUGUAUUUUAAUCAAUAAUAAUUAUUAAGUAUUUAUUUUAUGUAGUGAACAAUAGCAAAGUUUCACAUUUUAGAUGUUUUUUUGAUAAAUAAUAGUACACUUAUUAGAAAUAUAUGUCACAUUUAUAGCUGUUUAUGUACGAACAUGAAAUCGACCAACCAGUUUAUCAACAAAUUAUUAAUAAUUAUUAAAUGAGUAUCAGUCAGUAGUAUUUUGUUUAUUUUUUUUAGGUCCAAUUUUAUACAAGUUAUCCAUUAUCCCACUAUAGUGCAGAGAAUAAACUUUAAUUUACAAAAUUA